CUCCUUCUACUUUUUAUCAUUUCUCUUCCCAUAUUCCUCUUCCAAACUUCUUCUCAGUCCUCUAUCAUUAUUUUUCUAGUUUUUUUUCUUGUUCUAAAAGAAAAAUUAUAGAAAAUCUACAAAGAAGAGAAGCUUUAUUUUAAUCUUGUUGUUGUGUGUGUGUGGUUUUUAUAUAAUUUUUUUACAAAUUAAAAUCUCUACUUUGCUUUUGAUGUGGGCAUGGCUGGUCUUGAUCUAGGCACAGCUUUUGGCUACGUUAAUCACCAGCUCCAUCGUCCCGAUCUCCAUCUCCACCACAGCUCAGCAUCAGAUGACGUCACACCAGGAGCCGGACUUGGUCACUUUACCGUCGACGACGACGACAACAACCAUCAGGGUCUUGACUUAGCCUCUGGUGGAGGAUCAGGAAGCUCUGGAGGUGACGGUGGCGGAGGAGGCAACGUCGUUGGCCGUCGUCCACGUGGAAGACCACCUGGAUCCAAAAACAAACCGAAACCUCCGGUGAUAAUCACGCGCGAGAGCGCAAACACUCUGAGAGCUCAUAUUCUUGAAGUAACAAACGGCUGCGACGUUUUUGACUGCGUUGCGACUUACGCUCGUCGAAGGCAGCGAGGGAUCUGCGUUCUGAGCGGUAGUGGAACGGUGACCAACGUCACCAUACGUCAGCCAUCUGCGUCUGGAGCGGUCGUGACGCUACAAGGAACGUUCGAGAUUCUUUCUCUCUCCGGAUCGUUUCUUCCUCCUCCGGCUCCUCCUGGAGCAACGAGUUUGACAAUAUUUUUGGCCGGAGGACAAGGACAAGUCGUUGGAGGCAGCGUUGUCGGUGAGCUUACGGCAGCUGGACCGGUGAUUGUAAUCGCUUCUUCGUUUACUAAUGUGGCUUAUGAGAGACUUCCACUAGAAGAAGAUGAGCAGCAACAUCUAGGAGGAGGGGGAGGAUCUAACGGCGGAGGCAACUUGUUUCCGGAGGUUUCCGCCGGAGGAGGAGGAGGAGGACUUCCGUUCUUUAAUUUACCCAUGAAUAUGCAACCGAAUGUGCAACUUCCGGUGGAAGGUUGGCCGGGGAAUUCAGGUGGAAGAGGUCCCUUCUGAUGUAUAUAUGUAUUGAUAACCACUAUAUAUAUACCGACGGAGGAGCUUUUCCGGAGAGGAAUUUGCGAGAGUGAAGAAAGGUUAGAGAAGUUCUAAUGGACUAAUGAAUUUCACAUUAUAAUCGUUAUUCCCGACAUUAUCUCGUUCAUCAUGUUAUGUUUAGAUUUUUCCUUUCUUUUCUUUUUGCGUUUGUAGAAUUUUAUGUUUUAAUCCUUUGCUUCCUUCUGUGAAACUCUAUUUGUGCUUGUCUGCGAUGAAAAAAAUAUCCUCGUAUCUUUCUUCA